GAGAUGAAGGGCGAUCGCGCCAACUUGCACUACCCGUCGCUGUUCAGUGGCGAUGUUGCAAGCUACGAUCCCAUUAUCAAGCGAAUUCUCGAUGGCAACGAAAGCCUUGAAAACUUUCGUUUCGGAGCAAUUGAGAAAGACGAAAUCUUCCAUAGAUACUUCAGCGACAAAGUGAAGAAGGCGUGGAAUGAAAAUCCUGAAAGACUGUGGCGAAGAAAAGAACUGAAGCCGUUCGCAGAUUACAUAGAAUUGUCCAAUUUCGCGCUCACGGAAGACGAUCUCAAAGUACUGUACUUUCCCUUGUUCCUCUGA